UGAAUGUGUAUGUUUUGGAGAUUCAAACAGGGCGGGAGAUUUGCUGUGGCGGGUGAUUCUGUACCAUGGAUUCUCCAAAAAAGAUUUAUGCUGAACAUGAGCUGGAAGAUGAAAGUGGGACAUUGCUGGGGAUUUCGCAAGAGGGGGUUGGGGACUGCGAGGAAAACGGAGGACCUCCCGCCGUGUUUCUCUGCGUUAACUGCAAAGUGCCCAUCGGGGACUCCUUGGCUUGGCUCGGGAGUGAGGAUGAGACGGGCACUAUAUGGCUGAAAACAACCACCAACAAUGUUGUUGUCAGUAAUGAGAAGCUUGUUUCUACAAAACUGAAUGAAUGUGACUGUAUAUAUUCAUUAUUGUCUUGUGGUGGCUGCUAUUGUGAAUUGGGCAAGAUCUACACGUGUACACCGAAGAAUCUGGACUACAAAAGAGAUGUGUUCUGUUUAAAUGUUAUGUCUGUUGCAAGUUAUGUGCUAGGGUCCACACCUCAUAAAGCCCUUGCAGAUGAAGAUGAUGAACCUAUCACUGUCGAAUCCAGGAUAUUUGUGGAAACCGAUAUACAAAGGAUAAAAUCUGUUCUGAUGACCUUGGAGGAAAGACUGUGUGCACUUGAGUCUAACUUCCUACCCAAAGGGCAGUAAAGAUGAAAGCAACAUUUUUUAAUAAAAGGAAUUAUUGUCUAAUA